CACACCCGGUGCUAAUCAGCGGAUGAUUGGGCUGACCGGGCGGCUCUUAGCAGCUUCAGUCCUCUCUGCUGCUAUGUAUGUGUGGACUCUUCAGAUCAACAUGAAGCUGUCAGGACUUCUGUCUGUGUUUUUACUCUUCUGUACUUCCCUGGGAAGCUCGGAGGGGUCUCACCCUAAACCGGCCUGUCGCUAUCCGCCUUCCCAGUGGUGCCGGUCCCUGGAGAUAGCAAUAGCAUGCAAUGUUCAGAAGCAGUGUAUGGAGUUAAAUGCUACCAGACCGAGCAAGGCUGUUCCUCCUGUCGCUGUCACUCUGUACUAUGAGAUUUUGUGUCCAGGCUGCAGAGGCUUCAUCUCCCAGCAGCUGUUCCCCACCUGGACGAUGCUGCAGGACAUCAUGACUGUCACUCUGGUCCCCUACGGGAACGCCAAGGAGCUUCCAUCAGCAAAUAUUCCCUUCACUUGUCAGCACGGAGAGCCUGAAUGCAGAGGGAACAUAAUUGAGGCCUGUAUCAUCCAUUUAACCGGACACUCAGCCUUUCAGAUCAUCUACUGCAUGGAGUCUGCUGCAAAUGUCUUGAAUGCUGCCCAACCUUGUCUACAGCUGUACGCCCCCUCCGUCUCCUGGGCGAGGGUCUCCUCCUGUGUGAUGGGAGAUCUGGGACACCAGCUGAUGCACGCCAAUGCUGUCAUGACCAGAGCGCUGAACCCCGCUCACACACACGUCCCCUGGGUCACUUUCUAUGGGGAAUACACAGAAGAGAACGAGGACAAGGCAAUGUCGUCCCUUUUUCGCUUGGUUUGCCAACUCUACAAAGGUGUGAAACCUCCAGCCUGCAACGGAGCUCUGGUCAGACUGAACAGAAGCUUCUGCUGAUCACAACGGGCAAAUCAUAAAAUGCAUAACGUACCAAACUGCAGCUUCAGCAUUAUGUGUAAUAUUGUUGAUGACUGGAUGUGAGAUCAUGCAGUGUGGUUUUAUUUUGAAAGUGGAAUAAAUGUGUGUACAUUUACCGUAGUUAUUUUAUUGAGAGUACUUUCACUAGAAAAAACACAGUUUUGAGAGUCGAUAAAAUAAACAAAAAAUGAUUGAUAAAGACACAUUGAUUAAUUUUCCUAUUAUUUAUUGGCAUUUUCAUUUAAACCACCCUGAACUCCAGAGAGUCUUUUGGCUUAGGAGAAACAAAAAUAGUUAUUUUCUUCGACAAACAAAACAUUGGAGUGGCAGGUGAAUACUUUUGAAUGUAUACUUGAUUUUUAGGCUCCAGAACAUAAAAUCAAAUGUCCUAUGAUACAGUACUUUGUCUCGACAGACAUGUUUUAAGAAUAAAUAUCUUUUUAUAGAGGUUUGCACGACACAGAGGCUGAGUAAAUAGACAGCAUGAACAUUAAUGUUGGCAGCAUCAGCGCGACACAACAAUAGAGAGACGGUUAACACUGUAUGGCACUGAUGUCUUCCUGUAAAGAGCGACACUGCUGUGCUAACAUGCCGAGCUAACGCCAACAAUCACCGAGCCACUGAAUCUGAAAUCCAAUGUCCAAUAUUUCAUAUCAGUAAUCCUACAUGUUUGAAAUGACAUGAACUUGUUUUGCAUUUUUUGAUCUUUCUAUUUUUUAGUGUGUGUCUUCUUUUGUUUUUACAGUUUCUUUUUUUUUUUUUUACUGUAUUCAUUUUUUGGGAUGUGUGUGAAGCAUUUUGUAACUGUUAAAAAUGACCAUACAAAUAAAGCUUUACUUGCAUUUUCUGCCUGAAAAAGUAGGAACUUUAAAACAAGAUCUUAAAAUGAAUUUGUGCAUUGCUCUUCUGUUCAUUUACAGUUACUGUCACUGUUGGGGCUACUGUAACUAUUCAGGGCUUCAGAAGAGCUAAUGGACUGCUUCUUUGCUUUAACUGUCACAGAGAGGAAAGCACUAAACAUACAAAAUACUUAAGACUAACUGGCUUUUGGUCUUAGCUCCUGUUUUAACUUAAGGAAAUGUGCUUCUAAACCGAUGUUAAGCGGGUACUUUAACUUGGGACCAGUGUGAAUUAAAGGUCUGUACCGCACACACAAA